AUGUUCGCUGCCUUCCCCAGCAACGACACGUCGUCCCCGGGUGGUGCCUUAGCCUAUGCGAGCAGACAGCAAGUGUGCAGUGGGGUGCUUCUUGACAUGGAUAUGUGUCUGACCCUCAAACAACAGCAGCUGAUUGAUCACUACCGAGCGCUAGAUGCAAGAAGUCCGAGACGCUGGAAGAGGAAAGCCCUGACCGCCUUGUCGUCACGAUGGUUAGAGAAGGAGAUUCCCUACGAAAUUAAAACAGGGAUAUUCAAUGUCAAAGAAGUCGAGACGAUCCACGCGUCCAUGAGGGAGUGGGAGAAGGAGACGUGCAUCACGUUCCGCCCAGCUAAUUCCAAAGACAAGGAUAAGGCAGUCAUCAACACCGGAUCCGGAUGCUUCUCUCGAAUCGGUCGGGUUGGUGGCGAACAGGAAAUUACACUCGGACCAGGAAACUGUAGAACGAAAAAGGUAGUUAUGCACGAGCUUGGCCAUGCGUUAGGCCUUAUUCACGAACACCAGCGUUCUGACCGCGACGACCACGUCUACAUCAACAUGACGAGCGUCAAGCCGUUGUUCGUGCCACAGUUCAAGAUGAUCAGCAAACGCUUGGUGGAGACGGAGGAUGUCCAGUAUGACUACAUGUCGCUCAUGCAUUAUGGGAAAUCGUUCUUCUCCAUCGAUGGAAAAAAGGUGACAAUCAAGACCCUUGAUCCAAAAUACCAGGAUGUGAUUGGCCGGGUAGAGUCGUUGUCCUUCACAGACAUAAAGUCCAUCAACCUUAUGUACAAGUGUGCAGAGUUUUGCCCUCGCCGUGUGACGUGUAUCAAUGGGGGGUACCAAGGCCCGAGCUGCAAAUGUGUCUGCCCUAAACCUUCAGUGUCCUGCGAAAGUAGCGAGCCUCUUAAAUCCGACACCACAGGGUUUUCAGGGACGUAUGUACCGUUUCAUUCCUACACAGCUUCAGCCAAUAGAACCGACCCCCCUGUCGAGGCAGAAGAAGCUGCUAACCUCAUUGGAAGCAACCCUUGGUUGGGCAGCCAGAAACCUCAAGGUCAACCAGAUAAACCCAUUCUGAAGGUGACCGAUCGCCAAACACAGGGGCAGAAUGAGGUAAUUUUUAUGUCCACGGCAAACAUUUCUGCUGCACUUGCAACCUUGGUACCAGAGAAAAGCCAAACAAUCGAUCUUUCUUCACCAGCAAGCUACCAGCAAGCAGCAGAUACACUCGGAGGGCCUUCUGUUACGCAUCUCUACCUUUCAGAUCUGGUUAGAAAUCGUUCCAAGACAUCACAGUACCCUUCAGAUUUAGUUGGACAACCUACACCUUCAACUUCACUUCUAAUGACAGCCAACUACACUUCAGAUACAGCUGGACAACCUUCCAUGACAGCCAACUACACUUCAGAUACAGCUGGACAACCUUCCAUGACAGCACGCUACCCUUCGGAUUCAGCUGGACAACCGUCCAUGACAGCACGCUACCCUUCAUUUACAGCUGGACAACCUUCCAUGACAGAACGCUACCCUUCAGAUACAGCUAGACAACCUUCCAUGACAGCACGCUACCCUUCGGAUACAGCUGGACAACCGUCCAUGACAGCACGCUACCCUUUGGAUACAGCUGGACAACAGUCCAUGACAGCACGCUACCCUUCAGUUACAGCUGGACAACCUUCCAUGACAGCACGCUACCCUUCAGAUACAGCUAGACAACCUUCCAUGACAGCACGCUACCCUUCGGAUUCAGCUGGACAAGCUUCCAUGACAGCGGGCUACCCUUCAGAUACAGCUGGACAACCUUCCAUGACAGCACGCUACCCUUCAGAUACAGCUAGACAACCUUCCAUGACAGCACGCUACCCUUCGGAUACGGCUGGACCACCUUCCAUGACAGCACGCUACCCUUCGGAUUCAGCUGGACAACCUUCCAUGACAGCACGCUACCCUUCAGAUACAGCUGGACAGCCUUCCAUGACAGCACGCUACCCUUCAAAUACAGCUGGACAACCUUCCUUGACAUCGCGCUUCCCUUCAGAUACAGCUGGACAACCUUCCUUAACAGCACGCUACCCUUCAAAUACAGGUAGACAACCUUCCAUGACAGAACGCUACCCUUCAGAUACAGCUGGACAACCUUCCAUGACAGAACGCUACCCUUUAGAUACAGCUGGACAACCGUCCAUGACAGCACGCUACCCUUCAGAUACAGCUGGACAACCUUCCAUGACAGCACGCUACCCUUCAGAUACAGCUGGACAACCUUCCUUGACAGCACGCUACCCUUCAAAUACAGGUAGACAACCGUCCAUGACAGCACGCUACCCUUCAGAUAGAGCUAGACAAGCUUCUAUGACAGCACGCUACCCUUCAGAUACAGCUGGACAAGCUUCCAUGACAGCACGCUACCCUUCAGAUACAGCUGGACGACCUUCCAUGACAGCACGCUACCCUUCAGAUACGGCUGGACAACCUUCAAUGACAGAACGCUACCCUUCGGAUACAGCUAGACAAGCUUCCAUGACAGCACGCUACCCUUCAGAUACAGCUGGACAACCUUCAAUGACAGCACGCUACCCUUCAGAUACAGCUGGACCACCUUCCAUGACAGACCGCUACCCUUCAGAUACAGCUGGACAACCUUCCAUGACAGCACGCUACCCUUCAGAUACAGCUGGACCACCUUCCAUGACAGCACGCUACCCUUCAGAUACAGCUGGACCACCUUCCAUGACAGCACGCUACCCUUCGGAUACAGCUGGACCACCUUCCAUGACAGCACGCUACCCUUCAGAUACAGCUGGACAACCUUCCAUGACAGCACGCUACCCUUCAGAUACGGCUGGACAACCUUCCAUGACAGCACGCUACCCUUCAGAUACGGCUGGACAACCUUCCAUGACAGCACGCUACCCUUCGAAUACAGCUGGACAACUGUCCAUGACAGCACGCUACCCUUCAGAUACAGCUGGACAACCUUCCUUGACAGCACGCUUCCCUUCGGAUACGGCUGGACAACCUUCCAUGACAGCACGCUACCCUUCAAAUACAGCUGGACAACCUUCCUUGACAGCACGCUACCCUUCAAAUACAGCUGGACAACCUUCCUUGACAGCACGCUACCCUUCAAAUACAGCUGGACAACCUUCCAUGACAGCACGCUACCCUUCAGAUACAGCUAGACAACCUUCCAUGACAGCACGCUACCCUUCAGAUACAGCUAGACAACCAUCCAUGACAGCACGCUACCCUUCGGAUACAGCUAGACCACCUUCCAUGACAGCACGCUACCCUUCGGAUACAGCUAGACAACCUUCCAUGACAGCACGCUACCCUUCAAAACCAGUCAGUCAACCUUCCAAAUCGUCAAAUCCAGUAAGACAACCUCAAAUGACAUCGCGCUACCCUUCGAACUCAGAGAGGCAACAACCAGUCACAUCCCAAUACAUGCCAAAUCCGGCUGGACGACCUUCAAUGACGGCUCGCUACCCGCCGGGCCGGGUUGGGCAACCUUCCAUACCAGCAGGUUACCCUUCAAGUUCGAGCAGGCGAAGCCUAAGUCUCGGAAGAACUGGUCGUCGUGGUGUGGAAAGAAGACUUCAGUCAGUUGUAAAGCAAGAUCCUAGACCACAAUACGGGCCCUAUGCCAACCGACAAGCACAGAGAACCGAGGUUCCUGGUCAGGUAUACCCAAGACGGCCAGACGCCCAGGCUUCAAGAAACGGUCCGUUCAACAGACCAGCGCAACGAAGUCAGGUACCGAACGCACCAGAGGAACAUUUCAGGUUUCACAUUCCCGGUGACGUGAUUCUCUCAGCCCUCCAUGAUGCUGUCAAAGAAAUCAGUGGACGCAUGCCAUCGCCUUCCGCGCCAUGGGCUGCAGGUAGCUUCCAACGACCACAGCCACAAAAACAGCCAGGGCCACAACAGAUGCAACCGCAACCCCAACCGCAAACGCAAACGCAAACGCAACCAGAAGAGCCAGAACCAUUGCAACAGAUAAAUCCCCAAGAACCACAAUCAAACUUGCAGUCUCAAUUACAGUUUUUGGAUUCCCAACAGCCACCACGAGUUCAGCCUCAGUCUGGAAAUGAAACUCAAACUCCACCACAACCACAACCACAACCACAACUCCAAACUCAACAAGAACCACAAACUCAACCACAACGGUUGAGUUUUCCUAGUCCACCACAACCAAACCCACAACCACAACCACAACCACAACCGCAAACACAAAGACAGAUUCCACCAGAAAAACAAUCACAAACUGAAUCACAGUUGAUGAGUUUUCAUAGUCCACAACAGCCACAAAGCCAACCUCAACCACAACCUCAACCACAACCUCAACCACAACCUCAACCACAACUGUUGAGUGUUAAUAAUUCACAACAACCACAACCACAACCUCAACAGCAACCUCAACCCCAAAGACAAAUUUCACCAGAAAUACAAUUACAAACUCAACCCCAACCACUAUCCCAAAGAGAGGUCCAACCUCAACCACAACUGUUGAGUGUUGAUAAUUCACCACAACAACAACCUCAACAGCAACCUCAACCCCAAAGACAAAUUUCACCAGAAUUACAAUUACAAACUCAACCCAAACCACUAUCCCAAAGACAGGUCCAACCUCAACCAAAACAGUUGAGUGUUGAUAAUUCACCACAACCACAACCACAACCGCAACCUCAACAGCAACCUCAACCCCAAAGACAAAUUUCACCAGAAUUACAAUUUCAAACUCAACCCCAACCACUAUCCCAAAGACAGGUCCAACCUCAACCACAACUGUUGAGUGUUAAUAAUCCACCACAACCACAGCCACAACCUCAACCACAACCACAACCACAACCGAAACCGCAACCUCAACAGCAACCUCAACCCCAAAGACAAAUUUCACCAGAAAUACAAACUCAACCCCAAACACUAACUCAAAGACAGGGCCAACCUCAACCACAACCUCAACGCCUUCAGCCAUGGCCGCAGCAGCGAUCUCAAAUGUAUUCUCGCCAGCAAUCUCAACCUCAGCGUUUUCCAACAAGUCAAAGGCGUCAAUUCAGGCGAAAUGGCCCACGAGAGAAUCUAGCUGGACGUCAAAUACCUCAGAUCAGGCGACGAAAUCCAGAAUUGGUUAGAUCCAGAAGACCAAUAAGGCUGGAGGCUUCCGUUCCCCGAGGACAACAAAGGCGUGUCCAACCAAGCGUUCAAGAACGACAGACAGUCCAUCGCAUCAAAGUAAAACUUAUGAAUUCACAACGAGAGAGAGCCGCGCCAAGGGACGGACAGUGGCCAUUAAGACAAGGCCAGAUUCGAGGUCAAAAUCGAGGUCGCACUGGCACGAUGAGGUCUACGGGAGCAUCGAGGCCAACUGAUGCUGCUUCAGGUCAGGGAACACGUGGUGCUCGGUGUUUCGACAUCAUGAGUUCAUGCCGUCAGUUUGCUGACCCCCACAUUUGCAGUAAAUCGGACUUCGUGAGGAAUAACUGUCGCCGAGCUUGUCAGAGUUGCUAAAUUAUGAUUGGUCGGUUGAUCUGCUAAUGGGAGCGGUCGCAGAACUUGUCAAAUUUAGUGAAGAGUGAUUGGUCAGUUGAUCAGGUCAAGGUCAUAUGUGAUCCACCAAUGGUGAUGGUGAAAUUGCGAGACAGUGUCCAGUAUUUGUUUUUCGCAUUGUGCAAUUUAAAUAAUUAUUUAUUCAGUAAGGUAACGGUGAUUGGACGCAGUUGAUGUGGUAGGUUUUCCGUACGAUAAAAGUUAUGGGUUCGAGCAAAGCAUCGAUAUAUCAAGGUAUUCGAGACAUAGGUCCUGACUCUUCCAGAAUGCUUUCGAUUUACGGAGGGAUGAGCUUCGACAAUCUUCAGACUGGUCAGGUUACAGAAACGUGCGGAAGUGUUCGAGUUAUAAUUAGUGGCGCAUGAAGAAGGAACUUGCAUGGUUCAUAGGUCUUCGAUAUACCAAAACAUUCGAGACAGACCAAGUUAAUGUUCAAAUGUAAGUGAUUCCGGGCCAGGGAGACUUCGAUAUAUAAAGACAUUCGAGACCAAUGUUGAUAAAGAUACAAAUUAAGGGGUUCCUUAAGGGCCAGAAAGACUUCGAUAUAUCGAGGCAUUCGAGACAGAUAUGGUUAACGUUGCAUGUAAUAGUAAAUACGUAAGGUUCAGGCCGCUACGGCUUUCGACACAAACCGGAAGUUCAAUUUCGAUCAUUGAGUGAGUGAGUGAGUGAGUUGGGUUUAACGCCGCUUUUAACAGUAUUCAAUUUAUAUCACGGCGUGCCAGCUUAAUGUGGGAGGAAAGCCCGAAGUAAAGCAGGUCUCAGACGUUUACCAC